CAGACGCCGAAAAAGGAAAAGGUUCUCCUUACCGGCGGCACUGGCUUCGUGGCCUCCCACGUCCUCGACUCCCUGGCAACCAACGGCCACCCUGUUGUCGUCACCGUCCGCUCAGAAGAAAAAGGCAACCGGCUCCUCCAAUCCCUCUCUCACUUCGGCGCCUCCAACCAAGUCCAAUACGCCAUCGUCCCCGACAUCUCCACCAAAAACGCCUUCGAUCCCAUCCUCCACGACCACCGCUUCACCUACGUAAUCCACACCGCAUCCCCCUAUCAACUCUCCUUCGCCGACCCCGUCAACGACUGCCUCAACCCUGCCAUCAAGGGCACCACCUACCUCCUCGACUCCAUCCACCGCCUCUGCCCCUCGGUCACCCGCGUGGUCAUCACCUCCUCCAGCGCCGCUAUCCUCAACCCGCCCAACCACCGCGAUGUCUACGAUGAGUCCUCCUGGUCAGAUGUGAGCUGGGAGCAGGCCAUGCAGCCAGAGCACACCUACCGUGCCAGCAAGAAAUUCGCCGAGCAGGCUGCCUGGUCUUUUCUCGAGGAGCACAACCCGCGGUUCACCAUCGCGACGAUCAACAACACCUAUACUUUUGGUCCGCUCUCGCGAUCGCUGGCGAAUUCGGCAAAGUUUAGCUCGGCAGAGGUGAACACCUCCAACCGCCGGAUUUGGGAUCUGAUUCAUGGCAAGUGGCGAAACCCAGAUGGAUCGGCGUGCAUCCCGUCCACGGCGCCGGUGUUUACAUUUGUGGACGUGAGGGACGUGGCGGAUGCGCACCUGGCGGCUCUGACGGCGCCGGGACAGAGAUAUUACACUGUAGGAGGGUUCUUUUCCAACUAUCAGAUUGCAAGAAUCGUGGACGAAGAGUUCAAGGGAGUGCUGGGGGAUGAUGUGCUCCCGGAUCUGAAAGGGCAAGCAGAUGAUUUUGAGGAAGACAAGCACUGGAAGUUUGAUGUGAGUAGGAGUGAGAAGGAGUUGGGGAUACGAUAUAGGGGGUUGAGGGAGAGUGUGAGGGAUGCCGUGGUGAGUAUGCUGGAGUUUGAAAAGGGGACGGCUUUCAACUAG